GGCGCUUUCAGAACAACUUCACCCACGCACACUGUUCGCCGCGUAUGUAGGUAGGUAGCUGGCCAGGUGGGUAUGCUUCGACCGAUCUGCGACGACAAGAGAACGAACGAGCUAACAAUGAAGCACAGUAUUAGCAAGACCGACCGACUGAAACAGUGCCGCGCGCGUAGUGAUUCAAGUUACGGCAGAUUGCAGAUAAUUGUGUGCCUAGGUACAAGCAUCUCACCGACAUGACGAAAAAAUUGCUUAAGUUUCACAUUAUCCUGGAUCGGGACUCGUUGCUGUAUCUUCCGGGACAAGUUUUGGCUGGGAGAGUGCUGCUGGAGACGCAGGAAAACACAGCUGUUUUGGGUCUGUACUUUCACGUGCUUGGAGAAUGCACGGUGCACGUGGCCAAGGGCACUCGCCGGCAGGAUAAAUCGUACGACAAGGAAAAUUACAUCGAUUUUCGUAUGAAACUACUGGACGACUUCGACAACAAACCGAUUCUGCUGUCACCGGGUGUUCACUGUUUCCCCUUUAAACUAGGACUCCCGGUAUCGCUACCGUCCACCUUUAUCGGGCAGCACGGAUGGAUCCAGUACUACUGUAAGAGUAGCCUGCAGGAAACAUCCGGCAUAACUCACCGAAAUCAGCAGGUGUUUAUCGUGCUCAAUCCGAUCGAUUUGAAUCUGGAGGAUCCGUUGAUGGGUGAUCCACUAGAGGCCAGCGUAAAUCAUCGAGUAGGUGUUGGAUACCUCGGGGGUACAAUCCGAUGCAACGUCGGUUUAGAUAAGCGAGCCUAUGUCCCGGGGGAAAAUAUUCUGCUAACGGGUGAAAUCCACAACCAAAGCAAUGUCACUAUUAAAACCAUGAAGUAUGCCUUGAUAGAGUCGAUCCAGUACUAUGCACAUGGUAAACUGUUGCACCAGGAGCGCCGAGAGUUGGCCGCAGUCGUACGUGACCGUAUCAAGUCCGGAAGCAGGGAUGUACUGCAGAAUGGACACCUCUCCGUGCCGCCUCUGCCGCCAACCAAUCUGGUCGGUUGUCAUCUGAUUAGAAUACAGUACAGCGUUUGCAUCCUCAUCGAGCCGAAUCUCAUGGAGCGCCAGAUGGUUCUGAAAGUUCCCAUCACGCUCGGUACGUAUCCGUUCAGACGGGACGAUCAGGAUCUGCAGGAAUGGGUGGAAAACUACGUGCGAUAUCCUGCUACGCUCCCCGUAACACGCGCUUCUGCUGCUGCUGCCACUGGUUGCUAAUGUCGAAAGCGGAUAGAGAAACUCAAUUUCAGGAUUAAUUAUAUUGCACUGAGUUUAUGAUUGAAUCUCGCUUCCCUGGCGUGCCCAUGCAGAUCAGCCCAGCCAAGUGCUCAACCUGACGCUCGCCGAUGGAAACAAUUAGUAACAAAAAUUAAUAACGACAAGUGGGGAGUGUGAUACUAACCAAAUAAUGACAAUCGUGCACUAGUAAAAUGUAGAGCUAACUCGAUCAGUUUAUAAUCUCAGAAAUAUCACACGUACCUAUUUGAAUUCCGACGCACAUUUCUAAGAAACGGAAGGAAUAUUUGAGGAACGAAACCUUACAGUGAAAUAACAUUGUACUUCGGUGCAUUGUACGGCU